UGAGUGGUUAGGGAGCAAUUUUUACGUGGUUCCCAUAGAAAUAAACCUGAAAAACGCAGCAUCAUAGGCGCAGAUGACAUUUCAGUAUAAAAUUAAUUUAAGGGUUCAUUGGAACUUUCAGCAUCAAAACAGCGUCAUUGACCAUUCUUGCUUAUAUGUUUUAGUUUAUAAAUCGAGUCACGUCGGUACUUGCCUCUAUUGCUAAUUCUAGCAAGUCUUUCUGCUGAGGAAAAAUGGUAACAGAACUUCGAACAGAUUCUUUGGACUACCGGACGGAGCUGUUGUCGCCGGACGUGACAGGAGAGGCUGUAUCGACACUGCCAAGUGAUUCGCUUGCUGCAUGGCGGCUCAAUAUGGAGGGAAUCAAGCUCCCAGCUGAGAGAAACAAUAUGACUUCUUGUUUUGGUUUAGGCUCUUAUGUUGAAUCACUAAGGAGGCAAAAGAAAGUUGCAGAAUAUUACAAGAGGCAGAAUAGACUUCUCAAAGGUUUCGAUGAAUUAGACUCAUUUUCUGAAUUGGGUUCUUGGCCUGGAAGUUUAACUGAGGAUGAGAAGAGAGAGCUUGCAAGCAGUGAAAGAAUAGCAAUAUAUGCAUCGAAUGCGGCUAACUUGGUGCUGUUUGUAGCAAAAGUGUAUGCUUCAGUUGAGAGCAGAUCCUUGGCAGUAAUAGCUUCAACUUUGGAUUCCCUCUUAGACCUCUUGUCAGGGUUCAUCCUUUGGUUUACAGCUCAUGCAAUGAGAAAACCAAAUCAGUAUAGCUACCCGAUUGGCAAGCAUCGGAUGCAGCCUGUGGGUAUCAUUGUCUUUGCAUCUGUUAUGGCAACUCUUGGACUGCAAAUAUUGCUCGAGUCUGCUCGGGAAUUGGUCUCAAAGACCCGAUCAGAAAUGGAAGAUGGACAGGAGAAGUGGAUGAUUGCCAUCAUGGUCAGUGUCACAGUUGUGAAGUUCCUGCUGAUGAUCUAUUGUCGUAGAUUCAACAAUGAAAUUGUACGGGCCUAUGCACAAGACCACUUCUUUGAUGUCAUUACUAAUUCAGUUGGUCUAGCAGCAGCAGUCCUAGCCCACCGGUAUGCAUGGUGGAUUGAUCCUACUGGUGCUAUACUGAUUGCACUGUACACCAUUAACACAUGGGCAAAGACAGUCCUGGAGAACGUGCGUUCGUUAAUAGGAAGAACAGCUCCACCUGAGUUCUUGGCCAAGUUAACCUAUCUGAUAUGGAACCACCAUGAGGAGAUCAAGCACAUUGACACAGUGAGAGCAUACACUUUUGGUAACUCCUACUUUGUCGAGGUGGACAUAGUUUUGCCAGCAGACAUGCUUCUGAACAGAGCACAUAACAUUGGAGAGACACUGCAAGAGAAGCUAGAGAAACUUGCUGACGUCGAACGGGCAUUUGUGCACAUAGAUUUUGAGUUUAGUCACCGGCCGGAACACAAAACUAGCGUAUGAUGGUGAAAAUGGUAGUAGCUAGGAGCAGAGACUCAGGUUUUUCGUAGCACAUAAGUCUUUUAAUAAGUAUUCUGAUGUAUUUGUUUUCAUCUGUUAAUCUCUUCAUUUGUUGUACGAAAUGGAUGUUUAAUUAACUAUAUAGUUGUAGUUACAGUUGCAGACUCA